UCCUCUUUCUUGAGAAAUCAUUUUCCUGGUUCAGGGGAAAAAGAAAUGGCUUUCAUUAUUGAAACUUCAUACUUCCUCCUAAUAUUCCUCAUCUUUUGUGUUGCAAAACUCAUGCAUGAAAGAAUUAUCAACCAACGCUUAACCAAAUCCAGGCAGGCCCCGCCACCCCCAGGGCCAGUCCCCUGGCCAAUCGUCGGCUGCGUUCCUGAGAUGCUUCGUUCGGAAUCACCAUUCAGGUGGAUCCUUAGCUGGAUGAAGGAGAUGGACACCAACAUUGCAUGCUUUCGCCUCGGGAACGUGCACGUGAUCCCAGUGACUUGCCCUAAGAUUGCCCUAGAAUUCCUGAGGAAGCAAGAUGCUGUUUUUGCUUCAAGGCCGUUGUCUAUUGCGUCUCACACCUUCAGUGGUGGAUACAAAACGGCCAUUCUGUCACCGUAUGGAGAAAGUUGGAAGAAAAUGAAGAAGGUGCUGGCCUCAGAGGUUCUUUCUCUGUCGAGGCAUCAGUGGCUCCAUGAUAAGAGAGCCGAGGAAGCCGACAAUCUAGUGAGGUACAUUUACAAUCAGAGCAAAAAUUCUGGCAGUGUGAACGUAAGAAUGGCUUGCUGUCACUUUUGCACGAACGUGGUCAGGAGAAUGAUGUUCAAUCGGAGAUACUUCGCAGAGAAUAUCUUAGAUGAUGGAGCUCCAACUUUCAGGGAAGAAGAGCAUGUGAAUGCCCUCUUCACAACAAUUAAUUACCUCUAUGCAUUCUGUAUAUCAGACUACUUGCCUUACCUGGUUGGGCUUGAUUUGGAUGGACAUGAAAAGAUAAUUAAGGACGCUAAUAAGACCAUUCUCAAGUACCAUGAUCCGAUAAUUAGAGAGAGGAUGCGAAAAUGGAGGGAAAAUGAUCGUGGCAUGUUCAGAGACGAAAACGAGUUGAAAAGGAUUGAGCCUCAGGACCUGCUUGAUGUUCUGAUUUCACUUCGGGAUGCAGAGGGGAUGCCAUUACUCACACAAGAAGAGAUAACAGCACAGACAUGGGAGAUCAUGAUCGCGACGAUCGAUAAUCCAGCCAAUGCGGCGGAAUGGGCCCUGGCAGAGAUGAUUAAUAACCCAGAGAUCCUCGAUAAAGCCGUCGAAGAACUUGACAGGGUUGUGGGAAAAGAGAGACUUGUUCAAGAACAAGACAUCCCUCACCUUAACUACAUCAAGGCAUGCGCUAGGGAAGCUUUUAGACUCCAUCCGGUCGCUGUCUUCAAUGUUCCACACCUGUCCUUGUCUGAUACGGUCGUCGCAGGCUACCAUAUUCCUAAGGGGAGCCACGUGCUCUUGAGCCGGACGGGACUAGGAAGAAACCCUAAGGUCUGGGAUAGGCCACUGGAAUUCAGACCAGAGAGGCAUCUAGCCAAUGACGAUGACGGAAGCAUGCACCAAUGCUCGCCCAAGGAGGUUGUGUUGACAGAGCCUGACCUGCGAUUCAUAUCCUUCGGCACAGGGCGUCGAGGUUGCAUCGGCACGACUCUUGGCACUACUCUAACAGUUGUGUUACUUGCCAGGAUGGUCCAAGGGUUUUCCUGGUUGAAGCCACCUGGCAUAUCAAAGAUCAAUCUGGUGGCGUCAGAAACUAAGCUGCAAUCCGCGGUCAAACCAGUGGUUGCAUGUGCCAAACCUCGCCUGCCUCGACAUCUUUACCCAUAGGAGGAAUGUAUAGGUACAUGGAAUAAAUAGAACAUCAUAUUGCAUAAUACUGUGAAUAAGAAAAUAUUAGAAUCUCUUUCAUAAGCCUAUCUGGCUAGCUAGGAUGAGGUAUUCAAUAAGAACUUGUGGGAUUUGUAACGAUGUUUAGUCAUAAACCUAAACAUCAAAUAUGAUGUACUCUUGGGUUUCAGUUACAUUUCGGUUUUUCUUUUUUCUUUCCUUUCUUUAUUAUUAUAUUGGAGA